AUGCGGAGCCCAGAAGUAGACAUUGAUGAGUCUCAGAUCCCCGGCACGGUUCUGCUCGUUGACGUGGAGCACACCGCCGAGGCUCUACAUUCCCAGAGCAAAGACAACAUCAUCCUUAUUCCAACGCCGUCGAACGAUAUAAACGAUCCUCUCAAUUGGUCGACAUGGCGAAAGCGCCAGCAUCUCAUCUGCCUGAUUGCCUUCACGCUGUUUAAUGGCAUGACAUUAUCAGUUGUGUAUUCGCUUCUUGUGCCUUUAUCAACAGCUUUAGAAGUCAGCGUAAGCGACCUCAACGAAGGAACGGGAUACAUGUUCCUGCUAUGUGGCUGGGGUCUGCUUUUCUGGCAACCCUUUGCUUUGCAAUACGGAAAACGCCCAUAUGCCAAAGGCCAAGGCCAAUGGAUCGCUCGCAACAUCGUCACCGGCUUCGUUUCCGCACCAAUUGAAGCUCUACCCGAAACGUCAAUUACAGACAUCUACUUUGCUCACGAGCGAGGAACCUACAUGGGAUGGUAUGCGUGGAUCUUGGCCACGUCCAACUAUUUUGCGCCUGUCAUCUGCGGCUUCAUCAGCGAUAGCAUGGGCUUUAAAUGGCCAUUUUACUUUAUGGCUAUAUUCGACGCUGCUUGCUUCGUCUUCCUCUUCUUCUUUCUAGAAGAGACAAACUACGAUCGCCCAACGGUAGGAGUCAUCUAUGCUGAAGACUCCCAAGAGGGUGUGGGUGAAAAGACGUCGCGGUCAGCGGCUUUGACGGCCAGUAACAAAGACGAGGAGGUGACUUCUGCCUGGGUCAAUAAUGACGGUGGCAGCGGAAAUAUUGUCCUCCAGGGGAGCGAGAAGACCUAUUGGCAGAAGCUUUCUCUGCUCGACAAAUCGCGGCCAUUCACCAUGCACAAACGAGCAUGGCAGAUUCUCCGGUUGCUCGCCUGGCCAGUCGUCUUCUAUUCUGGCUUUUCAUACGGCACGUACCUCAUUUGGUUCAAUAUCCUGAAUGCGACGUCAUCCAUUGUACUUGGCGGUGCCCCGUACAACUUUCAGCCCAGUAUUGUUGGCUUGAGCUAUCUUGCCUGCAUAGUGGGAGUCAUUAUUGGAUCUGCAUACAGCGGCAUCGUCUCAGACUGGUUCGUCAUCAAGCUCGCGCGACGCAAUCGUGGAAUAUUCGAACCGGAGCAGCGUCUUUGGCUGUUCGCAGCGACCACGAUAUUGGUGCCGGCCUGCCAGAUCCUCUGGGGCGUGGGUGCUGCCCAUCACGUCCACUGGUUUGGACUCAUUGUCGCAAUGUGUUUUCUUGCGGCCUGCAACACAGCCGGAAUCACACUAUCAAUCGCGUACCUGGUUGAUUCGUAUCGAGAAAUAUCGGGAGAUGGCCUGGCAUCAUGUAUCAUCAUUCGCAACACGAUGAGCUUUGCCAUUGGCUAUGGCAUCACGCCUUGGCUGGACGGCUUGGGGCUGCAAAACUGCUUCAUCAGCGUCGCGUUUGUUGCGUUGGCUAUCUGCGCAAUAUUUUUGCCAAUGAUCUUUUAUGGGAAAAGGCUGCGUGGUCUGAAGCGAGAGAGUUACUGGAAGGAAGUCAAGCUCAGGAAGGAAUAGCGACGAGUAGCAGCUCUACUGAUGUGAAUACACUAGAUACAUUCGCAA